CAUAUAGCGCUGCCCGCGGCCGCGGCACUCAGAGCCGGCUCGGCAGCCACCCGGGGCAGGGGAGGAGAUCAGGCGAGCCUUCCUUCCUUCCUGCGGAGCCCGUGGGGCAGCGCUGGCAGCAGCAUGACUUCGGCGGCGGUGGAAAUUUUAGGGCUGGGGCUGGGCAUCCUGGGCUGGGUGGGAGUGAUCCUGGCCUGCGGGUUGCCCAUGUGGCAGGUGUCGGCCUUCAUCGACGUGAACAUCGUGGUGGCGCAGACCAUCUGGGAAGGGCUGUGGAUGAACUGCGUGGUGCAGAGCACGGGGCAGAUGCAGUGCAAGGUGUACGACUCCAUCCUGGCGCUGCCGCCCGAGGUGCAGGCGGGCCGGGCGCUCACCGUCAUCGUGGCGCUGCUGGGGCUGGUGGCGCUGAUGGUGACCGUGGUGGGCGCGCAGUGCACCAACUGCAUCCGGCCCGGCAAGAUGAAGUCCCGCAUCGUGAUCGCCGGCGGGGCCAUCUACGUCCUCUGCGGGGUCCUGGUCCUCAUCCCGCUCUGCUGGUUCGCCAACAUCGUCAUCAGCGACUUCUACGACCCCACCGUGCCGUCGUCCAAGAAGCGGGAGAUGGGGGCCGCGCUCUACAUCGGCUGGGCGGCCACGGCUCUGUUGCUCUUCGGGGGCUGCCUCAUCUGCUGCUGCUCCUGCUCCCAGCGCGACGAGAGCUCCUUCCCCGUCAAGUACUCGGCGCCGCGGCGGCCCACGUCCAACGGCGAGUACGACAAGAAGAACUACGUGUGAGCGGGGCCGACCCGCUCCGCGGCCCCGCGGGGCACGGACAGACGGCUGCGGGCCGGGAGCGUCUGCGGGGAGCUCCAGCGCUCCCCUGCCUGGAGGCUUUUCCUCACGGGGACCGCCGUGAAGCGGCGGCCCUAGGCAGGGCAGCGCCCCGCUGCCCUCCAGCCCCGCUCCCCGGCGGGUCC